AUAAAGUGAAAUAAGAGAAAAUGUCUGGUCGUGGAAAAGGUGGCAAAGUGAAGGGAAAGGCAAAGUCCCGCUCCAACCGUGCCGGACUUCAGUUCCCUGUCGGCCGCAUUCAUCGUCUGCUCCGCAAGGGCAACUACGCCGAGCGCGUUGGUGCCGGCGCUCCAGUUUACCUGGCUGCCGUUAUGGAAUAUCUGGCCGCUGAGGUUCUCGAGUUG